AUGGACUCCGUCAAAGAAGCAGACAUCAACCGCCAUCUGGACUCAGGAUGUCUGUCAUUCCUCGACCAGCCGGGAGCGCCGUCGAGCACGCAAAUCAACGGGACACAGGCGAAGACCUCCAAGGCUGCGAGCUUCUUCACGCCGGCAACGAAGAGGAAUGUCAGCUUCAAGGACGAUGACAGUAGCUCGCCGGCCAGCGGAAGCUUUGGACGAGCAUUCGCAUCAACCCAACCGCAGACACCAAGCGCGAAGCCGCCGUCCUCAACAGCUCCGGCACCAGUGUUCGGCGUAAAGAGGUCAGCCCCGGAGGAUGUCCAAGACGAGCAAGAAGCAUCUGGAGGCGAUAUAAAACAGGAGCAGGAACAGCCUAAACAAGCACCCCCAUCCAAGAAACACAAGCCCAACGCCCACGCCCCUCUCGCAGAGCGCAUGCGCCCCAAAACCCUCGACGAAGUCGCAGGCCAAGAGCUCGUUGGCCCCAACGGCGUGCUCCGCAACCUCAUCACGACCGACCGCGUACCUUCAAUGAUCCUAUGGGGCGGUCCUGGCACAGGCAAGACGACAAUAGCCCGGCUCAUCGCCCAGACGGCAGGGACGCGGUUCGUGGAGAUCAACAGCACCAGCAGCGGCGUGGCGGAGUGCAAGAAGCUGUUUACAGAAGCGAAGAAUGAGUUGGGACUGACCGGACGCAAGACGAUUAUUUUCUGCGACGAGAUCCAUCGGUUCAGUAAAUCGCAGCAGGAUGUCUUCUUGGGUCCGGUCGAGGCAGGGCAGGUGACGUUGAUUGGUGCUACGACAGAAAAUCCGAGUUUUAAGGUGGUGAAUGCGUUGUUGUCUAGAUGCAGGACGUUUACGCUGUCGAAGCUGGGGGAUGAGGAUGUGUUUGGGAUUUUGAAGCGUGCUUUGGCGCGUGAGGUGCCGGAUGCGUUGCCUACGCCGUCUGCCAGCCCUGCGUCCGAGGAGAAGGAGACGACAGAUGCUGGUGAGGAAGGGGCUGAGCAGCAGAGUGGACAUCAUUUGCUCACAACAGAUGAUUACGCUUUACUCCGAUAUCUAUCUUCCUUCGCAGAUGGCGACGCCAGAACGGCUCUCAACCUUCUCGAACUAGCGCUCGACUUGUGCCAACGUCCGGGAUCGACCUCCGAAGACAUCAAACAAUCUCUCACUCAGACGUUGGUCUACGACAGAGCUGGCGACCAACAUUAUGACACCAUCAGCGCCUUCCACAAGAGUGUUCGCGGCUCGAACGCCGACGCUGCGCUGUAUUACCUUGCACGCAUGCUGCAGAGCGGAGAGGACCCGCUGUACGUGGCCAGGCGCAUGGUCGUAAUCGCGAGCGAGGACGUCGGUCUGGCGGACAACAGCCUGUUGUCGCUCGCCACUGCGACCUACACUGCAGCAGAGAAGAUCGGCAUGCCAGAGUGCCGUAUCAAUCUCGCUCACUGCACGGUUGCGCUUUGCCAGGCGCCGAAGUCCACGCGCUCAUACCGCGGCCUCAAAGCUGCGUACACUGCUCUCAGCGAGCCUGGUGUCGCUGGGUUGCCUAUCCCGAUUCAUCUGCGGAACGCGCCGACGCGGUUGAUGAAGGAGAUGGGAUAUGGCAAAGAGUACAAGUACAACCCCGACUUCCUCGACGGCAGGGUUGUGCAAGAGUAUCUGCCAGAGAAGCUGGAAGGACGUGUCUUCCUCGGCUCGAAAGACCUUGGUGACAACGUUGACCCGGAGAUUGUUGAGCUCGAUGAACAGAUCCGGGUUGCGGAGCAGUACGAUCCUGUCAAGGAGGACGAAUUGCUGGGUCCGGACGGCGACUGA